GGAUUUUUUAGCGCCCAAGUGUGGGUCACACUGCAGCUCGUGUUAUUUAACGUUCGGCAAAAACAUCUGUUUAUUUCAAUUAAAAUAAGUAAAUUGCACCAUGUUAGGCCUACGAGCGGUGCUGCCAAAAGGGAAGCAGUUCGCUGUUGUCCUGGGAAGUGCCAGCCGACAGAUUACCCUGCCCCACAACUGCAGAUGCAUUACGAGUGCCACUUGGAUAAAAGCACAGCAGUCACCACCACAAAAGUUCCAGCAAAACAGGUGGCUUUCGGCGAAGUCCACGAAAACUGAAUCCGAGGAUGCACUGCAGCGGAUCUACUAUGGAACUCUGGCGCCCCGAAUGAAAAUGGUCAAGUUCUUUUCGCUGAGCACCAGCUUGGCCGGCUUGGCCGCCCAGCCCAUUCUCCUCGAGCAGGGAAUGAAAAUCGGCGGAACUGGAAUGGCCGUAUUCCUGUGCACCGUCGGUGGAUUCUUCACAUUUGUGACUCCCCUGUUGCUGCACUUCAUCACCAAGAAAUACGUGACGGAGCUGCACUAUAAUCCACAAACGGGGGAGUACACAGCCACCACAAUAUCCCUACUUCUGCAAAAGAUCAAGACCACGUUCCGAGCAAAUGAUGUGGUCGUUCCGGAGGUUCCCGGCAUGUUCACCUCUUUUCUGGUCAACAAACGACCACUUUUUGUGGAUCCGGCGCUCUUCGACGAUCCCGAGCACUAUGUUAAGAUAAUGGGUUACGACAAGCCGAUCGAUUUCAAAUUGGAUCUGACUCCGAAUCCUGAAAAGCCGAAAAAGAGUGAGGAGCAGCAAUAAAAAGUAACUUCUUAA